AUGGGUGGAGGGGGUGCCUCUUCCUCCCAUGCUGUAAUCUUCGUCGCUCUGCGCAACCCCCCCGAAGCGACCGCUUCAUCCACCAACAGGAGCGAGGGGAGACUCGACAGACCGCGCUAUGCCAGCCAUCAUGUCCAGAAUAGUCACAGUCACCCUCUCAUGCAGAACACUCCUUCCGAAGCACUCGAAAAAGAGAGCAAUCGAUUUCCUGUGUUUGCCUCAUAUCGUGCUCAGCGUCAUAUUAAGAACAACACCGGCAACGGUACCGCUAGUAUUCUGGCAAUUACCCUCACUCAGAGAUACCCCCACCCAAUACCCAACAAUAUGUCUUCAAUGACACCAAUAACCCCCCUCGAUUCGAGGAUAGAGAUGUUCCAGAGGGGCCACCCACAAGAUGCGUUCUUUAACAUGAAGGCGCUGGCGCCGCGGACAAACCCUUCAAGAAAAGAGAGACCAAUGUCGGAUGCGACUGAGAUGUUCGAUACGGAUUUCGAGGAUGACGAUAGUGAUAUGGAGAUUGAGGAAGAGAACUCACCGCGAUUAAGUUUGAACUCAACGGGCCGGAGGAGUGAGACCACAUUAUCUUCCUUUGAGGAGAUCCGGACGCCGGACUCGAACGAAUUCAAAGGCUUCAAUUUUGAUAUAUUAACGGUGGUAAAAAAGCCAGUGGAAGGACCAAGAGGGCCCCAUCUAUUCCGUGCUUCAGUCGAUUCUUCACUUACGUCCGAUGAACAAUACACACUAGCGAUGUCACCAAUGACCCCUAAACCCUCAGAUAUACAAGAAGCGGCGCUUGACGCCCCACAAGUUCCCCAGAUACCAUAUCAGCAUCGCCACCUUAGUUCGCUAACUAACGCUGUUGAACAUUUAAACUUAUACGAGGUCGCUUCGUGGUCUCCAAACCAGGUCUCGAGGUGGAUGCGGGAUGCAGGAUUUGAGCCGGCGAUUGUGGAAAAGUUUGAGGAGAACGAUAUCUCCGGUGCUAUCUUAAUUACGCUGAAGUUUGAGGAUCUGAGAGAAUUGGACAUUCAAUCGUUUGGGCAACGGACAAAGGUAUGGAAUGAGAUCCAUGUGCUCAGAGGUAGUGCGCCUAGCACACCAAAACCACCGACGCCGAUAGAAGAGGUUGCUUCGCCAUGUAUAGAAUUCAGGGCGACCGAGUUCUCAAGACCAGCCUUACCGUCAAGGCAAGGUUCCAGAAUGGGCAGGGACAAUCUGAAGCUCGACUGCACGACAGACGAUCGCCCAAGUCGCAAUGAAUCCAGAAGACGACCAAAAAGGGAUGUUAUCACUCCUCUCGAGUCUGUGUCAAUCGUCGGUAUUGAACAACUCAUUCCAAAGCCACACAAGUGCUCAAAAGGAGAGAACUGUUCGAAGUGGAGGAAGCAACAACGCUUGAUAGAAAACUUCCAAAACGAGCACCCGGUCAGUCCAGAGAGAGGAGCAAUAUGGGUUGCUGGCGACCCAGGAAAUGCUCUCACAGCCAACGCAGUGACUGGAGCUACUCGGCCAAUUUCAGAUACAGUUCCAUCAGUUGUAGCCUCAUCAGAUGUUCUCGGUCCUGGACCAACACCUCAGUUCCGCCCUCUCGAAGAGUCUAGUCUCCGCAAUGUCAUAUCUCGAGAUCCCCAAGAGCAUGUCAAGCAGUUCAUCCAGUUUCAGCAUAUGGACCCUCGCCAAAUGACAUUUUCAUCAGAAGAACCACCUACUCCUCCACUCGAGAUGUUCCCAAACUUGAAAGGGCCGCUUACUGCCCUUCGAGGUCUUCCCAGACUCGCCAUCCCACCACCUCGUCCAGCAGGAGGUCUCAACCCACCACCACGCUCAGCAUCUGCCAAUGCAUUCUCACCAUAUCGCAUGGAUCGUGCCGAAGCAAUGUCUCCUGAUCUUCGCAACAUCACACAAUCCCCCUCUACACUCUACAGAUUCGGCACUCCAUUCUCAGAGAUGGAUAUCCCAGUGACUUCCGUAAACCUAGGCCCAAUCGCACGAGAAGCAUCUCAAUCCGUUCCACCAAACAUGAACUACCGCAACGCAGCACCUUUACCACCAGCUCGCACCUUAUCCCGCGCCUCCCGCCGACCCUCCCUCGCCCCCUCCAUGCCCCGCGUAGACGAGAACACCACCACCGCACCCACCUUCAAACACGCCCACACCUGGUCCGCAACCCCCGUAACCGCCAUCAAGACCACCGAAGACAUGGGCCACGCCGGCUUCAUGAAGAAGCGCAAAACCAAGAUGCUCCGCCACGAAUGGCACGAACACCACUUCACCCUCAAAGGCACGCGUCUCGCCAUGCAUAAGGACGCCUCCGCCCUCGAAACCCUCGAGUACAUCGACGUCGACGACUACGCCAUCGCCUGCUCCUCGCUCGCCGGCGGCUCCAAGCUCAACGCCGCCUUCAAGGCCAUGAACAUCUCGCGCGGCAACUCCAAGAAGGAUGAAGCGGCGUUCUCGUUCCAGUUGAUCCCCGCGGCUAUCGAGAAGGGCGUGAGAUUGCGAAAGAGAGAGAGUACGUUGGGUGGCGGGGCGCCGGAUGGCAAGGCGAGUAGCAAGACGCAUUAUUUCGCGGUUAAGAGCCGCGAUGAGAGGAUUGAUUGGAUGAGGGAGUUGAUGCUUGCGAAGGCGUUGAAGCAGAAGAGUGAGGGGUUUGAGGUUACUGUUAAUGGGAGCAUGAUUUGA